AUGCUCCGCGACCAAUUCGAGAUCAAGACCUGGUUGGCUCUCGGGGCCACAUUCCAGGGCCUGGCUUUUGUUGUGUUUGGUCUAUGGUCGUUCAUCCCAGCUUCGUUAUAUCUUCUCUACAGCUUAGCAGACGCAUACCUCAUCAUCUUGGGCUGGAAGUCAAAUCCUUACACGAGAGACAACAUCCAGAAGAAGUUCUCGGCUCAGAUCCCAGACGAGCUUGGAAACUAUGGCAACAAACCAGCAAACUCGGAUAUCGUGGUCUUCCUGAUCGGAACGCGCUGCAACCACCCUCUCGGCAUCCUCGCUCCAGGUUUUAAGGAGUUGGGAGGCUACUUCCAAUCCAUGACUGAAGACCUCGAGACUCAUGCCGAAGAAUUCGGCUUCCUAGGCAUGACUUCCUGGCUCAACAGCAGUGACCGCACGACCAAAAGCGAGUUAUUGGAAGUCUGCUAUUUCCGCUCAAUCGAAAGGCUGCACGCUUUCGCACACUCGAACUUCCAUCGCGAGGGCUGGAAUUGGUGGAACAAGACUAUCAAGGAACACGGUCAUUUGAGCAUCUGGCAUGAGACAUACCAUGUUCCUGCGAAGCAUUGGGAGAGUAUCUAUGUCAACUCUCAUCCCAGCGGAAUCAAUUCUACUACUUACAAGAUCACGGAUAAGGAGACUGGCGAGUCGCGGUGGGCUAGUCCUGUGGUUGAUGCGAGUAAGGGACUGCUUAAGACUAGUGCGGGCAGGAUGAGUAGGAGUCAAGGUGAAGAGCAUGAGAAAUAUGGACGGGAUCCGUAUUAG